AUUACCUUGUACAGGUAACACCUAACUUGGCUGUAAGUGGUAGGCACUGUUGUUUUCUGUGGUUUUAACUGGUGGUCUGUUGUUGUCUACUGACACCAAUUUUGGAAUAGCAUACAACUCAGCUCUUGGCUUAAGAUAUUUUGAUUAAGGUUGCAGGGGUUGAUACCACAAUGCAAAAGUCAACAUGUAUCAUAGGCGUGUGUAUGCUACUUGCCACCUAUGUGGUGCCCUCGUUCGCUGCCUCCAAGUAUUUUCUAGAUUCUGCUUUCAGUGCAAAAUACAUGGGUACAAUCAACCGUACCGUGUCUGAAACCAUAACAGGAUUUGAAGAACCAGACCUAAACAGAGGAAACGACUUUGACAAAUCGACAGGCAUAUUCACGUGCGAGUUUCCUGGAACAUACUAUUUUGAAGUUGACAUUCACCUGUCAGAUGACCAAACAGUACAUCGUCUGUCCACAAACCUCUUUUUUAUCAACAAUGGCAAUAAUUUUAUCUCGCUGUCAAACCUCAAGAUCCUAAAUUCGCAAACUGGCGGCGUUGUAGACCUUGCAAUUGGAGAUAAAGUUCAACUUGAAGUGCCUUACGAGCUGGUCGAGACCUUUGACACGGAUCAUCCAUUGGUGUUUCUUGGCUUUCUCUUGGAUCAUGAUUGCCACUGCGGAGGUCAAUUGACUAGGGAGAGUUCGUUUUCAGUCGUCAACUCAAUUCAAAAUGGUGAAUCUAUUCCCCUCGGAAAUGUAACCUACCAGGAGGCCCUUAGUAACGUUGGAAACUGCAUCGAUUCAAACACUGGCAUCUUCACGGCACCAUACACCGGACUAUAUUACUUCACGUUCACUGCUGUGACACGAGGAGUAUCAACGUUUGAAAUCAGUCGCAACAGUGAAGCAGUUUUGAGUAUGACUGAUGGUGCAGACUUUGACUCUCUGUCCGGUAGUAUUAUUCUUGAGCUUACCAAGGGUGAUAAAGUGUAUCUGGAGUAUGCAGCUGGGGGUCCUAUUAACACGCAAGGGGGAAGCAUUGUAUUUUCAGGGUUCUUAUUGUGAAAAUAUCUGAGGGUAAUGAUUUUAAAGAACUCGGUGGUAAGAAGCAGUAUUCUAAAAUGUGUUUUUUGAAUGGAAGAACAUAAGUUAAAUCUUUAUUCGAUUUAUAAUCGAUCAAACAUACACAAUACUCAUAAAAUAAAAAAAAAAGCAAGCAACUCCAAUUUCACAUUAUGAUUAUAAAAAUACUGAUUCUACGAAUGAACUUUACAAGGGGAACCUAAUUUUAUAUGAAUUUGCAUUCCAAAUGAUUUUGAAUUGAAAUGAUUUAAAGUUAAAUGUAUAAUACAAAGCAAUUCAAUUAAACGUUAUCACAUUGAAAGAGGAAUCUUACUUGGUUUAUGAAACUGAACUUUGACCCAGCUUUGACGAGCAGCCUUAUGCACUCUAGUUGUCCAUUACAUGCUGCAGUGUACAUUGGCGUCACUCCCCAGUUGUCCGUCAAAUCAACAUCAGCUCCCGCCUACAAGACAUAAAUAAAGGAUUAGAAGAUAUUAUUCAUAUUGGUUAUUUUAUAAUUACCAAAUAAAAUCUACCUGAAUGAAUGAUAAUACUGUAUUCACAAAUGUAUUAAUCAGUUUGGUUCGUUCAUUCAUUAAUAGAUACAUAAGCUGAUGAUAAUUUUGGUCAUGGAUGUUACUAUAAUUAAAAAUACCUGAAUAUAGCUGUAAGAAGGUAAUUUAAAUGUAUAAAUUUCUCUCUAUACUACAGUUUU